AUGGCCGCCUCCUCAUCCUCAAGUCUGAUAUGUCUCCCUCUAGACCGUUAUUUGGAGAAGUUCGAACUGGCCCGACGGCGCUUAAUCGUCAAUCAUAGAGUCGCCCGUGCUCUCCGAAAGGCUGAGAAGGCAUUCCGCAAGGCCAAUCCAACGUACGCAGAGACCCUUCGAUUGGACCAUAUACGCCAGAUCGACUAUCCAGUCCUGGACAAAGAAGAACGAAUAUACCUGGAUUAUGCCGGCUCUGGUAUACACGGCGAAUCACAGCUGCAGCGUCACUUUGAACUACUGCGAAGCAAUGUCUUUGGCAACCCGCACUCAAUCAACCCGACCUCAAGCGCCAUCACUAAGUUGGACGAGCAGGCCAGGGCCAGAGUGCUGUCCUUCUUCAGGGCAGAUCCAGCAGAAUAUAUCGUCAUAUUCACCGUUAACACAUCCAAUGCCUUCAAACUGAUCGGAGAAGCCUACCCUUUCACUGAGGGAGGUGAACUGCUUCUGCUCAACGAUAAUCAGCCUGCCGUGAUAGGGCUGCAAGACUUUGCCAGGAGACGGGGCGCGGCUGUCUCAUAUCUACCCGUCAAACAACCCGAGCUACGAUGCGACGACGACGCGGUAAAGGCUGCUCUGAAACGCAAGGAAUCCAUUGACGAGACCCCCGCCCGUCUAUUCGCUUUUCCCGCGCAGUCGAACUUUACUGGUGUCCAGCAUCCUUUGGAGUGGAUUGCCGAUGCUCAGGAGCAGGGAUGGCAUGUCUUGCUAGACGCUGACAACUAUGCUCCUACAAACGUACUCAACCUCUCCCGCUGGCACCCGGACUUUGUCAGCGUAUCCUUCUACAAAAUGUUCGGCCAUCCAUCUAGCGUCGGUGCAGUCCUGGCUCGCAGGGAGGCCUUUGCUAAACUAGGCCGUCCCUGGUUUGCCGGAGGUACUGUCUGGGGCAGUUCAGUCCAGGCAAACGGACAUAUGUUGCUCGGCGGCAACGAAGGUUUCGAAGACGGUACUAUCAACUUCCUUUCCCUUCCUGCAAUCCGCAUCGGCCUCAAUCAUAUAGCUGGUAUAGGCAUGCAAGCCAUUCAUGCUCGCGUUAGCUGUCUUACCAACUGGCUGCUCAAAGAACUCAGCGGCCUAACCCACACCAACGGUGAGCCGCUGGUGGUAAUAUACGGCCCGUAUACCUCUGACCUGCCCCGUGGCGGUAUAAUCGCCCUCAACUUCGUCGACAUGAAGGGGUGUUUGGUUGAUGAAGGAAUAGUUGCUCGCCGGGCCGCUGCACGCAAUAUAACACUGCACGUCGGUUCUGCCCUUCAGCCAAACACAGAACCUUCUGCUGCCGUUGAGUCAGACUCACCGGAUGCUAUACAAGUAUCCCGUGAAAGCCAGGCCAGCGAGAAAACCACAGGAAGGAGAAGGGAGAGCGAGACAUCCUUUACUGAUGUCGGCUUGCCCAGUCGUGGUUUCGUUCGCAUCUCCCUGGGCCUCGCAUCUAAUUUCGCUGAUGCCUUUAAAUUUGUUCAGUUUGCGUCUACUUUCCUUGACACCAUUCCUGUUGACGAUGCCAGCACUCCUUAA